GCUGAGCAGCAUCUUCAUUGCAUCAGUUUUGGGAAAUGGCUAGAUCCAAAUUCCUCUGAUUUCCAGAACCACCCAGCCCACUUUCUUGGAUAACUCUCCGUGGUGAAAGGGAUCCUUGGUGUGAAUGCAACCAACACAGAGGGCUUCCUCCUUCAAAAGGACUGGGAAGGCAAGAUCAGGAAAGAUCUUUAGCUCCAGGUCCCACCAACAGACUCAAAACUUUGGCUGAGCUUUGAGGUUUCCAUCACAAUGGGCAAAUUUUCUGCUUUACCUGUUCUGGCCUAUUGCCUGGCCUGCCUCAUCCUGAGAGUCUCCAGUCAGACAGCCGUGAGCUUCAGGAAUACCCCCAUCCCCUUUGAGGUUCUGGAUCAAGAUAAAGCUUACAGUCUCAUUCAGCCUGGAAUAUUUACAAACUCCAGAGCCACCGCCAACCAUUCAGGCAACCUUAUUGGAGAUGCCAUCACAGAGGGCCCACAGCUGUCAGUCAUGUGUGCUAAGCCAACAGAAAUCCGACAGGCCUUCAAGUACAUUAACACGUUUGUGUCUUGCACUAUCUUCAUUGUGGGCAUCAUUGGGAAUUCCACCCUCCUGAGGAUCAUCUACAAGAACAAAUGCAUGAGGAAUGGGCCUAACGUCCUCAUUGCUAGCCUGGCUCUUGGGGAUCUGCUCUACAUUCUCAUUGCCUUGCCCAUCAAUGUAUAUAAGCUGCUUGCAGAAGACUGGCCUUUUGGUGUGCAGGUGUGCAAAUUGGUGCCAUUCAUUCAGAAGGCCUCCGUUGGCAUCACAGUCCUCAGCCUCUGUGCUCUCAGCAUAGACAGGUAUAGAGCUGUGGCCUCUUGGAGCCGGAUCCAAGGGAUUGGCAUCCCCAUGUGGAAGGCUGUUGAGGUAACCCUAAUCUGGGCAGUGGCGAUCAUCCUAGCUGUCCCUGAAGCCAUUGCUUUUGACUUGGUGGAACUGAAUUACCGUGAACAGACGCACUGGGUCUGCAUGCUGGCCGCUGAACAGAAAUCCAGCUUCAUGACGUUCUACAAGGAUGUGAAAGAUUGGUGGCUUUUUGGCUUCUACUUCUGCCUGCCUCUGGCCUGCACUGGCGUCUUCUAUUCCCUCAUGUCGUGUGAGAUGCUGAGCAAGAGGAAUGGCAUGAGAAUAGCACUCAACGACCACAUGAAACGGCGCCGGGAAGUGGCCAAGACAGUGUUCUGCCUUGUGGUGAUAUUCGCCCUCUGCUGGCUACCUCUCCAUCUCAGCAGGAUCCUCAAGAAGACCAUUUAUAGUCAACAAGAUGCUGAUAGGUGUGAACUGCUUAGCUUCCUUCUGGUCAUGGAUUACUUUGGCAUCAAUAUGGCUUCGCUCAACUCCUGCAUCAACCCCGUGGCUCUCUAUUUUGUCAGCCGGAAGUUUAAGAAUUGCUUUCAGUCAUGCCUUUGUUGCUGGUGCCAGAGACCAGCUCUUGGCAUUGCACCAACAGAUGACAAGGGCUCUGUUGGGAAGUGGAAAGCCAACGGGCAAGAAUUGGGCCUCGAUCGGAGCAGCUCCCACCUGAAGUACAGCUCUUCGUAGACGAGGGGAUAAAGAAGAGGAGGGUCCACCAGGACUAUGGAGAUGGCCAGCCUGAUUUUCCUUGUGGUUCCUCUUCAACUUCUCUGUUUUAUUCUGGAAGGAACUGGCAGUUUCACCACCUAGCCCUUUGAAAAGAUCUUGCUCACCUGAUGUUCCUUAGCCCCUUAUUACUUCCUUAACCCCACCCAAUUAAUGAAUCUUUCUCUCUUUCUGAACAGCAGAAUGCCUCAUAAAAAUAAAUGGCAGGCUGGAGCAGACCAAAGGCGCUUAUAGUCUAGAGGUGGGGAAAUUCAGGCCUCUCUGGCUGGUUGCUGAUGCUCUCCCAUGCUACACACCCCAACAGCCUUGCUUUGCACCCUCCUUGGCAGCUUUUGCCUGCUGAGAAUGAGUCCCUGAAUGAACUUUGAUUGCGCUCCUUACCUGCCUAGAUGGAGAGAGAGAUGAGUAUGGGUGAGUGUGUGAAACCUUUGAAACAUGCGUAGCUGGAAAGUAGCCUACUGUACAAAGGUAAGAGUCAAAUUCAUUGUUCUGCCCACUUUUGCUGCCCAUUUGCAUGCGGCCCCUGUAAGGUUGCCUAAUGGCGAAUGUGGCCCUUGAGCUGAAAAAGAUUCUGCACCCAAAGAUGCAGUUGAUGUAUUAGGUUCCAAUUUUCCCUGGAUAUCAAAUAAGGGCACAGUUGGA